AUCUUCCUCCUUACCGUCAUCUCCUUCGUUAUCUACAAUAUCUUCAUCUACCCCAACUUCAUCUCCCCUCUCCGCAAAGUACCUGGUCCACCCGGCCACUGGUUCUGGGGUCAAUUCAAAGAGAUUACAAAAGCCGAUCCUGGCGUGCCGCAUCUCGAAUGGGUCACGAAAUACGGAAAGACCAUCCGAUAUCGCUGGUUGUUUGGAGAUCAGAGGUUCUUGACGGUUGACGCAAAGAGUUUGGCUUAUAUCUUGAACAACGCCUACGAUUUUCCCAAACCGCAGCAGACCAUCAGGUUCCUGGGAAGGUUUUUGGGGUUUGGGUUGUUAACUGCUGAAGGUGAAUUGCAUAAACGUCAAAGGAAAGUAUUGCAGCCGGCGUUUGCCCAUGCACACGUCAAGGCUCUCGUACCGGAGUUCUGGAAAAAGACAGAGGAAGUGGUGCAGUGUUGGAACAAGGAGAUUAAUGCGGCCGAGAGGCCCGAAAAGGGAGUAGUAGUUGACGUUCUUUCAUGGCUUUCACGCACGACGUUGGACAUCAUCGGCACCGCAGGCUUCGGCUACGAUUUCGAUGCCCUACACACCACGUCGAACCCUCUCGCCGAGGCCUACAAACUCAUGUUCAAAUUCGACAAAAUUGGUCGCAUCGUCGGAGUCUUGUCGGUUUACCUACCGUUCCUCCGCUCACUCCCCUUCAAACGAAACCGUGAGUUGAAAUCUGCCGUGGCUACUGUCAACAAGAUCAGCGAGGGUCUCGUACGUGAUAGGAUUAGCGAGUCCAAGGCCGCGACAGAGACAAGCACGAAGGGAAAGGAUAUCCUCAGUCUGAUCGUCGAGGAAGCGCUUAGGUCCGAACGAGAGGGAGAAAGUUCGAUCACCCCCGAGGAAAUGAAGGAUCAAUGUAUGACUUUCCUUGCUGCCGGUCACGAAACGACAUCCACCUCCACGACCUGGGCAUGCUGGCUCCUCGCCUCCCACCCCAUUGUUCAAUCACGUCUGCGUACCGAGAUUCAAUCCAUCAUCCCCGAAGAGAGCGGAGCUCCGACGUACGAACAAGUUGAAGGAUGCAAAUAUCUCAACAACGUCUGUCGUGAGAUCUUGCGGCAUAUCCCUCCCGUUCCAUUCACCUUCCGCGUUUCCACAAAGGAUGAGAUAAUUGACGGCUACUUCGUUCCAGCCGGAACACACAUCACAAUCCCUCAGGCGGCAAUGUGUCACGCUCCCCAUCUCUGGGGUCCCACUGCCCACUUAUUCGACCCUGAUCGCUGGGAUAACCUCCCUGAAACCGCGUCCGCCAUCGCUUAUCUUCCCUUCUUGGCAGGCCCGAGAAGUUGUAUUGGACGUAAGUUCGCAGAGGUUGAGAUGAAGGUUUUGAUUGUGGGCAUUGUUGGACGGUUUGAGCUGGAGAAGAGCAAAGAGGACCAGAAGGUUGAGAUGAAAAGUAACAUUACGACAAGGCCGGUUGGUGGAAUGCCAUUGAGGAUUAUGAGGGUUUAG